CGUUAAUCGAGCAGUGGGGAAAGGGAGUGACGAGUGACUACGAAUUACAAUUAGCGACACAACAAAUGAAAGCGUGACGUGAAUACGCUGGUUUGCCAUACCACGUCGGGAUAAUGUCGUUCGAGAAGAAAAACGUUGUUCGUUUGUAAAGCAGGCUACGUGAAAAGCCCCGUAAUUUAAUCGAGGCACUGUUUUAUCGCACAGUUGCCAGAAAAUGGAAGCAGACUAUCAACCGACGCUAAGCCCAACACGAACUUUGACAGCAAUAGCUAAUGACGUCGAAGACCCAUACCCAAGUUUGUCAGAUUAUCAUGAUUAUGAGCCCAACUUGGAGUUCGAUGAUACUGAGUUACAGACCACUUCAAAUAAUGCUGUACAACUUUUAGAAGAAAAAUUGGACAUAAUUAGCAGUGGUGCUGGUACUGGGAUAGAUUAUUUGGAGAGUCCAGUAAGCGAUGGGACAAUUGAAGAAAACUUUGAAGAAGCUUUGGUAGAUGCUCCAGUUAUCGAAUCCGCAGAGGAUCUUGCUGCAUUGGACGGUGAACUUGCGGAUGAAGAAGAUUAUCUUGAUAUAUCGAGAUAUGGCAUUGUAGAAGUGGUUGGUGAUGAUAGUGCUGGUCGUAAAAUAAUAGUAGUAUCUGCAUGUAAAUUACCUCCUGUUGGAAAAGAAGCGUUUAAUCAUGCUAAACUUCUCAGGUAUCUCACACAUACUUUAGAUACAUUUGUAGAACAAGAUUAUAGUUUAAUUUAUUUUCACUAUGGUCUUACUUCAAAAAAUAAACCACCAUUAUCCUGGUUAUGGCAAGCAUAUAAAGCUUUCGACAGAAAGUAUAAAAAAAAUUUGAAGGCUUUAUAUCUAGUACAUCCAACUAAUUUUAUUAGAAUUGUAUGGCAAAUAUUUAAACCAGCUAUUAGUGCAAAGUUUGGUCGGAAAAUGAUGUAUGUUAAUUAUUUGGAAGAACUGGCACAAUAUAUUAAUCUUGAUCAACUUAUUAUACCUCCUCAAGUAAUAGAACACAAUGAACAGCUAAUGUUAAAGAACAAAAAGAAUUUACCAACCAGUCCACCUCAGAGUGCGGUGACAACACCAGUUGGUACCACUCAAUUUGGAGCAAGCCUUACUUUUAUUAAAGAAAAUAAUAAUGGCGAUCCUAUACCACCAAUAGUGCGACAAUGCAUUGAAUUUCUUGAUACACCAGAUGCAUUAGAAACAGAAGGAAUAUUUAGAAGAUCAGCUAAUGUAGCAGUAGUUAAGGAACUUCAGAAUCGUUGUAAUCAAGGAUUGCCUGUUGAUUUCCAAGGAGACCCACACAUAGCAGCUGUUCUUCUUAAAACGUUUCUUCGAGAAUUAGAUGAACCUCUUAUGACGUAUGAAUUAUAUGAUGAAAUAACGCAAUUUCAAGCUCUAUCGAAAGAUGAACGCCCAAGAAGAGUUAAAAUAUUAGUACUUGAAAAACUUCCAGAAGAUAAUUACCAACUCUUAAAAUAUAUCGUACAAUUUUUAUCGAGGGUAAUGGACAGGUGUGAUUUAAACAAAAUGACAUCAAGUAAUCUCGCCGUCGUAUUUGGUCCAAAUCUUGUCAGAGCACCACCAUCACGUGGAAUGUCACUCUCCGCGAUAGGUCCCAUUAAUCAAUUCAUAGACUUUUUAUUUACUCAUCAGGAUAAAAUAUUUAUUAUAUAAAGAAAAUAUAAAAUCGAACGCUAAAGGCCUAAUUUGGAACGAAAUUAAUAUUUUAUGUAUGUUAUAGAACAGAAAUCCUAUAAAUUCGGCUGCCAUGUUUGAUAUUGUAUAAAAUUUACAUAAUACAACUUCGAAGAAAAUUUUAUAGGAUUUUUAUUGAAAAGUAUGAGAAGUUCCUGAGACUUUCAUUUUAGAAUGUAAAAGCGAGAAUCUCUUUUAGAAUCUUCGAAGUCAUAUCAAACUUGUUGGAAUUCGAAGCGAACGUAACAAUUCGUGUAUAAUAUUCAUAUUUAAUUAUAACAUUCGUACUUUGUUGAUUAAAAUAUUUUUAUAUUCAAAUA